GGGUUUUGUGUACGACAGCCGAAAUAAUUUACAGAUGCGAGGUUUGGUCGUAUUGCUUAUUUCCAAAGCUGCUGGACCCAGCGCAGCAGAACUCUCUUUCCAGCACAACAUGGUCAGUGGAAUUUAUUCCAGUCAACGAAGUCUGGCUGAGAUUACGGAACUGAUCCACACUGCCUUUCUGGUGCAUCGUGGCAUAGUAAAUAUUGGUGAGCUCAAGGCUUGCGAUGGCCCACUGAAGGAUAUGCAGUUUGGAAAUAAAAUGGCUGUUCUAAGUGGAGAUUUUCUUCUAGCAAAUGCUUGCACAAGCCUUGCACAGUUGCAGAAUACCAAGGUUGUGGAACUCAUUUCAAGUGCUAUUGGUGACUUAGUUCAAGGUAUAUAUUAUGAAAACUCAAAAUCAUCUGAGAACUCUCUUACAGAUGAUAUCGGCAUAUCUACGUGGAAGGAGCAGGUUUUCCUGUCACAUAGUGCCUUGCUGGCAAAGAGCUGCCAGGCUGCAAUGGAGCUAGCAAAGCACAACGCUGAGAUUCAGGACACGGCAUUUCAGUAUGGAAAGCACAUGUCUAUGAGUCAUAAGCUACAUUUGGACCUUCAGCCAUUUGUUAAAGAAAGUUCUAGUGAUACAAUGGCUUUCAGUUUGAAUUCUGCUCCGGCAGUCCUGCAUCAGGAAUUCCUUGGAAGGGAGGCAUGGAUUAAACAGAUCAGAGAGGCACAAAGCAAAGGAAAUAUAAUGGACUACAAGAAGCUGCAGGAAGCGAUCAAGGCCGGCAAAGGUGUGACUUCUGCCAUCGACCUCUGCCGCUGCCACGGAAAGAGGGCGCUGGCGGCGCUGGAGCGCUUCCCUCCCUCCGAGGCCAGGGCCGCCUUGGCCAACAUCGUCUACGCCGUGACCAGGUUUCCCUGA